CAGAAAACAUCUCGCUUCCUCUCGACAAAUACAUCACCCGCACAGCACACCUCAACACAAUCUUGCAUACUCCAAAAUGCUCGAUUCUUUCAAUUGCACAUCGUAAGAAGGAGCAGUAUAUCAUCGCACCAUCCAUUCGCACUAUUUCGUAACAGCUAUCUCACCAACAUCAGACAUACAUCCACAAUUCUCUCAUUGCAGCAGGGUUGCAAAUCAAUGUGAUCAAAUGGGAUGCCUUUUAACUUUCCCAAAAAAGAGCCGAUAUCCUCACCCGUUGGAUCGUGUUGCUUUCAAACUUUCAUUUCAAUGCUCUUUUUUUUCUUCGUUCCUUUUGUUCAAAGCGUAUCCUUGCUCUUGUUUCACUCAUAUUUCUCUACGCCGCCCCUUCUCAAUGUACAGCAAUUUUCCCUAUACAUUGUUUCAUCUUCUUUUUUCUUUUUGCCUUUUCCUUGUUUCAUGGUGUUCUUAUCGCUCUUUUUUUCUUAAAAGAAUCUAAUUCUAUACAAGUCUAAAGCGGCGAAAGGAUAAGAUUGAACUUC